AUGUACUUUUGUGCACAAAAUAUUCAUCCUGCAUUUGGUGAAGUCUCGUCUGGUCAGAUUGCCCAGAAGAAAAGAAGACUGUGUGAAAGCUACGACUCUACUAACAGUUUGAUCGAUGGAAGGAAAAAUGUUUCUGUUAUGAGAUCUGAUAAUACUAAUAGUGGCUGUGGACAAUUGCAGGCACAUAUUUCAGGUAAGCAAUAUUGGCCUUGGAAACUAAAUUGUUGUGCAAAAAAUGUGUUUUAAACAAGAAAGUUUUAAAAAUGAAUUUUUGUGGAGAUAUUUGGCUUUUAUGUGACUCUUUACUCACUACGCACAUAUUGUGGUGAGGAUCUGUGAUUGCUCUCUUAUGACCCCGACUAGUACAUUGGCAAUCAACUCCAUCUGCUGACUUGUGCCAUAUAACAUUUUGCUCACGUUGGGCUCUCCCGUCACCCUGGCCUCCACUGAAACAUCUAGUAAGGAGUAUGCGGUCAACAAAUGUGCUAGAGCUUCUUGGACCAGGCUGCAAUGCCUCUUUACUAUGAUGUUUUGUUUGGUUCCAUAAUGCUUCAUCAAAAGACACUUCAUUGAAACCACUUCAUCGACAAAUACACUUUUCCAGACACUUCAUCUACAAAACAUUUUAUUGAAAGACACAUGAUCUAGAAAAAAGGGUAUUGACAUAGAUGGCAUGAAUACUUCAUUGACAAAAAAGUACAUAGACACUUUAACAGCCAAUUCAUCGAAUUGUGGUGCAAACUCUUAAAAUUACAAUAUUUGACUUGGGAUGAUAUUUUUAUUUUUUAAAGAUAUGUACGUAUGUAUGUCUCAGGGAAAUUUUAAAAGUUAGUAGAAUAUAAUUGUUUAUUAUAAAGCACUAAAAAUUGUAUCUCUAUGCGCAAUGUGCUAUCUAGCAUGUUGUGGUGAAAUUACUUAAUACUCAACUUAAGUGGAUAACUCUCAUAUAGUUAUCACCUGCUCUUGUCUAUGGCUUUUGUUUGGAUUAAAACAACAACAAAGGGACAUAAUUUCAUCAAAAGAACUAUUUAACCAUUUUUUUUUUUUAAAAAAAAAAGGUAAUGAACUUUUUAUUUACAUUAAAUUUGCAACACUUCAAAGGAAUCACACAUCUUAAAAGUAUGAAAAUCAAUAGCUUAUAGUAAGACAGAGAUCACCUUUGCUUGUAAUUUUAUAGUCUAGGUUCUAAUGAAUAAGGCUUUGGCCUCCCGUAAUGAGCCUAACUAUUCAUCAUCAUAUGCCGGUAUUGCUUUUUAAUGUUACAUACUGUUAUAUGGUUUUUGCAAAUUUAAUCUGUUUGAAGAUUUGUCUUGUUAGAUGAACAAUAUGCAACAAAGAAAUGAAAACCAGUUUACAAAGAAAAACUAUACCAAAUAACAAAGCUAGUGAUAUUAACAAUAGUCAAUAUAAUUAUACUAUUAAAUUUUUAUAAAAAUACAAAAUCAAAUAUAUAGAAAAAAAAUAUAUUAGACAAAAGUGAGAUAAGUACGAUCCUCGAAAGAUAAAAUAUUAAUAUACUGUAUACACACACAUAAGUGUAAAUUCUUUUAAGACUCCUAUAGGUAUAUUUAGUCUAGUAAAUCUUGUGUCUAGCAAAUCUCUCCUUGCCAGCUUAUUUAUUUAUAUGGAGAAAGUUGGAAACCCUCUCCAGAAAAGAAAUUCUAGAAUUUGCAUCUCACAACCCAUUCUCUACCUUGCCUUUAGAAUAUAUUCAAACGUAAAGAACCCUUUUCCAGUCAAGAGAGGGGUGAGUAAUGGAAGAGUGAGUGCUACACAUUUAAUCAGUGAUGUUAAUAUAAAAACUAAGGAACCAAUUUCUUUCUUUUGAUAGUAUAUCUGCAGGUCAAGGGCAAAUAAUACUUUUUUUUUUACAAAAAGAAAUUUCAAUGUUUGCUGUCAGCUGGUCAUUGGUUAAGUAAUGUUACAUUAAAACUAUUCAACUGUAGUCAUUUUAAGAUUUUCCAGCACAAUCAGAGCCGUCACAUAUGUCCUGAAAUCCUUCCGGCUGCAUGGGUCUCAGAUAUUUAAACCUAAGGUUGUGAUGUGGAAAAAAUGUGCACAAUCAACUUUGAAUGCAGGGGGCACAAAACCGAAAAGUGCCAGGCUCCUCCAAAAGUUACAUGAUGGCUCUGUGCAUAAUUAGUAUGUUAAUGAGAUUUUGUUUAAUGAAAUACUAUCAAAGUGACCUGAUAGCAUUUUUUCUUUUUCCAGGGCGAAAUUUUAUCCACUUGAAACAUCUAGAUGAUGAAUCAGUCUUCCAAACUGAAGAAUGGCAACCUUCAGGAUCAGCUUUGUUUUUUCCUUUGUCAGAAGAUGUAAUUAUAAAUACUCGCAAUAUUGAGCAAUUCAGCUAUGUUCAAGGAAGUUUUUUUAUAGCCAAUCAUGAAGGUGUCUAUUCAAAUAUGUUAGCAGGUAAAUAAAUACGGUUAACCAAUUAAUUUUUAGUCAACAAUUUGAUUCUCAUAGUUCAUUAUACCUUUAUGUCCUUGUCUUCAGUGAAUUUAGAAAUAAAAAACCAUACAAGUACAAACAUUGACAAUCCUAUCUAAUCUGUUUCUAAAGUUGUUUCAGUUACUUUGGAUAUAAAGUAGAUCUGUACUUUAGUAUACCACUCACAGCUUUCUGGUGUUCACGCAGGUAUCAACUAGCGGUAUAUAUUUUUUUUUUACCUACAUUUAAUACAUUAUUUAAUAUUAUUUGGUAGGUCAAGUCCUUCAUUUGUGGAGAUUUUGUCCCGAAAAGAAAAAACUUUUCAUAUCCAGGUCUAUUUUGUUCAAAAACUAUCAGG